AUGUUUUGUGCCGCUCUAAACUUAAGCCAAAUUGGUGGAACAGUUGGUGCUAUUGUCACAUGUCCACUGGAGUUGAUUAAAGUACGAUUUCAGUCGUCUCAGGGAUGUGCCCUCUCGGACUCUUCGUGGACACACGUUCUUCACUUUCCACAAGCCAAUCUGACAAAAAAAAGUUCCACCUCACAUUUACAUCCAAAUAUAUCAUCGCCGUCGAUUUUUUUCCAGACUACUUUUAAGGCGAAAUGCACAUCUACUGCACUCAAACGUACCCGAGCUUUUCGCUUUGGACUUUUCCUGAGAUCGAAAAUUAUGCGAUGCAUGUUUGAGGUCGCACAAACCGAGGGGUAUCGUGCACUCUUUAAGGGUCUCAUUCCAACACUUGUCGGCGUUCUACCAUCCCGGUUAGUUUUUUUUCUUGCUACUCGAUUCAUGAGGAAGGUAAAUCUUCCAAAUGCCGAUAUGCCAUGUUCUUCCCCCAUGACGGUCGUAAACGUAGUCCGCUCUACCUGGCGUGAUUACGGUUUCCGAGGCUUCUACCGCGGGAUCAGCGCCUCCUACGUCGGUUCCCUUGAGACGGCGAUCAAUUUUGUCGUGUACGAGAAUCAAUUUCGAGGUACACAGGGCGGAAGCAAACUCAAUACCACCAGUGAUAUGUUCCUUUGCAUGUGUGCCAGCGCCUUUUCUAAGAUAAUCGCCAUCACUGCUGCAUAUCCGCAUGAGGUUGCUCGAACACGGAUGCGGGAGCGCGGGAACAAGUACCGGUCCUUUGUGAGCACCUUGCGCACAGUGUUCCUCGAGGAGGGCUGGCAGGGUCUGUAUCGGGGUCUCGGAACGCACUACAUCCGUCAAGUGCCGAACUCGUGCGUCAUGAUUGGCACCUAUGAGGGAGUGAUCUACCUCUUGCACUCCUGGAACCUCGUCUCUCCAAGGGAGUGA